AUGUCCUCCGACCGCGUUGCUCGGCCUGUCGAUCCAAAGGGACUUGUCCUCGAGGCUUGGGGCCAAGGCUUAAUGAUUGGCAGUCUGGUCAUCAUGGCAGCGAUCACACUUUCCAACAUGAAGAAGCACAUUGCGCUGCAUAAACUGAUCUUGGCCGAGCUCAUCCUGGCUAUGCCACAUGGCACCUUCAUCUUUGCACACGAGCCAGCCUACGGAUGGUAUCUCUCAGCCACGGCGAUCGGACUGAAUAUCUCCUGGGCGCUGCACAAUCUCAUCGCGUGGAUGAAGAAUCGCCCAUUCUUGUCACGCAAGGUGUCAAUGAUUUAUAUCACCACUGUAGUGCUCUGCUGGCCCUACUGGGUGGUGGAGAUCUACGCCAAUUUCGCCUACUUCAACAAUAUCAACCGCGUCUUUCUCAUCACCCGGCCUUUGGAGCCUCUAUUUCGGGACCCGUGGUGGGUCUUCACGACUAUCUCCCUUUUCUAUACUAUAAAACGCGAAUACAACUUCGGUCUCUGGGAAUUAGUCCUCGUCAGCCCACGCUUCGGGAUCAUGCUUGCUUCCAUGUGUCUCUCAAUUGCAUUUAUCAUCGUUGAUACAUGCAGUGUGCUGAAUGCCUUCAGUGAUGCACUGCCUACGGGCAUCGAACCAUUCUGGAAGCUAUCAUUUAUCUUCAAAUGCCUAUGCGAUACAGUCAUUCUGGACGACUUCAAGACCGCCCUCGAUGGCUUGCGCACAUACUGGCUAAGCAAACGGGCGACUGAUCAAAUCCCACUUACCAGCCCUGGUAGCCCACCUAUUCACCAGCGAGAUCGAAGCCCUGGUUACGAUGUCGAGGCAGCACCUGCGCCAGUCGUCAGUCAUCAACUAGUGCAAUCGGACAAGUCCUUCUCGGUGCCGAGGAUCUUGGUCCGGCAAACUCUUUGA